AUGGUCCAGAACGUCACGUACCACUGUCCGCACCUGGACACUCCUCGGCCACCCCUCGCCCCAUCCUUUGCGUCGUCGUCGGCUGACCUCUCCGAGCUGCCUUCCCUCUACUUCUGUGAGGAAUGCGACGCCAUCAGAUGCUCGGAGUGCAUUUCCGUUGAGGUCGCCAGCUACUACUGUCCCAACUGCCUGUUCGACGUCCCCACCGCCAAUGUGCGCGCCGACAAGAACAGAUGCGCUCGGUCCUGCUUUGCUUGUCCACAAUGCUGCGUUGCUCUGUCGGUUCUGCCGUCAAUGAAACAGGAUGAACGAGGUCAUCAUGUCGGAGGAGCCCCGUAUUUCUUCUUGUGCCCGUCCUGCAAGUGGUCAAGUCACGAGAUUGGGUGGCUCUUUGAGAAGCCUUCCUCCUUGGCCAGCCAAGCGGUCAAUGUCUACCCCAUUCCGGAGGAAGAGCAGGCCGAGUUCGACCAGCUGAAGGAUCAUCUCGAGAAUUACAUCCAAGAUACGCCGUCAGUGAACCCGAAGACUGGCCACUCAAGACGAGUGCCGACACGGCAUAUCGGCAAGAUCACGCAAGCUGCCGCUCGUGCUCUGGGUCGCGAUGUCCCGGGGUCUCCUCUAGCCCGCCCAAAACGUCGAGUGGCCGGGGAUGACAAGGGACGAGCAGGCUGGGAUGAGCUCGGCAAGUACGAAGCGAAGCAUGCGUGGCGUUCAGACGAGCAGGGUAAUGGAGGAAGCGACAUCGACGCACUACGGGAGAUGACGGGUGAGGACAUCACGCCGCUGGACAAGCGGUGGGAGGGUGCUUGGGCUGUUCCCAGCACUGCCAAGGACGCAGUACCAGAACGCAUCCCACUGCAGGCGAAAUUAACCAAACGGUGCCCAAGUCCGACGUGCCGCCACAUUCUCAUCCAACCCGACACCAAGAGUGUGCGCAUGCUCAUCAAGAUGGUGGCGUCGAAUUACCUCCCUGCGCUAGAACUGGGCCGACGACGCCAUCGCCGCGGUGAAACUGUGCCCGCGGGCAUGACGGAGGAAGACAUGGAGAGGCGGCGCAAGGAUCGGCGGCGAGCCCGCUUGGCACCCGGGCAAGAGGCGGACCAGGAUAUGCGCGAGCCGCUGAAAGCAGGCGAAGUCCUAGCUUUCACGAACCCACUGUACGACCCUAUCCAGAUCCGAUUGUCGGCGCCCCACCAAAAGCACUCAAUACCUCCGAACCAUCUCAUUCAUAUUCCGACUGCGCACUUCACAGUCGGGGCAUUGAAGGAGACAUUCGCGUACGACGAUGAAGAUGACGACGACUCGGGAGGAGAGGAUGAGUUCGACGAUCGGAAGCGCCUCAGCUUGACGCGCUCAACGCGAGCGCAUCCGGGUGCAUCUGACGUCGAGAAACGGGGCAAUGUUUCCAAAGUCGGUCUCGAGCUGGAAGUGCUGCCCAGCGCGGAGGAAGGUCCUGUGGAGCAGUUUGAUCUCGAGGUGCGGUUCACCUACCGGGCCGACGACGCCGAGGGGGCGAAGGACAAGGAACCCGAGUACAAGACGUUUACCUUCUGGACGCGCGUGCAUGCGGGUGAGGUUGUGCCUGAUUAUGAGUAG